CGUCAUUUUUGAUAACAUAACAUCGUAAACAAACCAAAUUCCUGUAAAAAAACCUUGUAACAAAAUAACAAAUAUCCAAAUGGCUUGAACUUUACAAAAAAUAAUCAUGAAAUACGCGAAAAUCGUCCUAACCUUACUAUUAUGUUCUACGCCGUGCAUAGGAGACUAUAUAGUGUUCAAAUCAAAGUUUUCUUCUUCGCAAGUGUUUAGGGCCUUUUCGGACGGUGCUGUUCACGCUACUAUAGGAUUCCUGUCUUCAUUGGUGUUCUUCAGUCAUGAGACUAGUGGCAUGGGCCACGCAAAGCUGAUUAACGUUAUAUUUUGUACGUUUAUAUCUAGUUUUAUCGACAUAGAUCAUGUGAUGGUGGCCCGAUCUCUACAUUGGAAGGAUCUCACCACCCUCAAGCAGCGAGGCAUAUUCCACUGCACCACCUUCUGGCUCCUCAUCACAAUACCUCUCCUAAUCUACAGCUACGUAUAUAAAAAACUAAACAUAUACAUUAUAACUUGGAUGCUCAUGCUAGCUUACACAAGCCACCACAUACGAGAUGCGAACCGGAGAGGACUCUGGGUGUAUCCAUUCGGACAUACAUCUCCGCUGACUAAGUAUAUGUAUGUGUGUUUAACAGUGGUGUUGCCGCAUCUAUUUGGGAUGUUAAGCAGGCAUUGGAGGCCUAUGUUAAUGAAGGAAACUAGUGUAGAAUAUAUGGUGGUGUAAUACUCUCUUUUAUAUAACCAAAUGAUAGAAAUUUAUUUUAGAGCACAGUGAUAAGACACCACAUGAAAAAUAAAAAUUGUGAGGGGGUGACCAACUAUUUGCAAGUUAAUACCUAUGUGAAAUAAACUCAACAACAGGACACAUGCAGGCAGACCAAGGAUAUUUUACCGGAACUGAACUACAAACUCACCAAAAUGCUACUGAAAACACCCAGACACCAACUACGCAAAAUAGUAGGAUUAAUUACAGGACAUAAGACAUAACACACUAAACAAACACCUCCACAAUAUGGGAAAAACAGACAGCCCCAUGUGCAGAGCGUGCAUGGAAGAAGAAACAACAAAACACAUUCUCCUAGACUGCAAACAGGUAGAAGUAUACAGGAGCAAAUACCUAGGAACUCCGUACACACUAAAAGAGGCAGUUGGCAACCUAAAAACAUUGCUAGGCUUCACGGAGGAGCUGGGGGGUUAGAGUAGCGCUACCUCGUUUCACGCAAAAUAGGCACAAUAGUUGUUGAGUUGCGAAAAAUGCCCAGAAGCACUAACUCAAGUCAAUAAGGGACCGUUCCAAUAUUACGUA